AUGCCUCCUCGUAGAUAUGGAAAGUCUUUGAAACCAGUGUUGAUCUCUACCGCUCCUGUCCCUCUAGUCUCGGAGAAGAGCCAAGAUGGGCAUGACGUUGAGACUCUCUUGGAGGCUGGUGCUUCAACGACAGUCUUUGGAGAGCUGCUGGAGCCAGACUCAGCAUGCAACUCGUUGGAUGACUUCGACUUCUCUGACAACGUUUCUGCUUGGAAGGUGCAGGGUGAGAACAAGCUCAAGAGUUCCAAGGGGCCAGGCAAGGACUCGAGCGAACCCUUGCUCUCAGACCUCGCACACUCCAAGAGGUCGAACCAAUCAGGCGAGUCGGACAGGAAAACAAAACAAGCGAGAAGCAGCAAAGAGCCGAUAGCAAUACAGCAGGUUUCAACGAGCUUUAUUGGUGAAUUCGGACAAGCACGAGCGAAGCUGGAUGACAUCGAGUUCGUUAUCGACGGCUUGCAGUCCUCGCAGUCAACCGACGUGCGCAUGGCUUCAACAGUCUCUCUUGUCAAGCUGUGCAGGGAUGGUGAGAUGCGCGCGCUCUUGCGAGCUCACUCGCUAGUCGACAAGGUGCUCGAGUGCUUGCAGAGCAUCGCAGACACAGACGAUUCUCUCAUGCUGCCUGUUGCGGCUUCGCUCUUCUACUUGAGCCUCGACUCGGCCAACACUCAGAUGCUGACUAGCGAGAGCUGCCGCCUGCUGUUUCAGGUUAUGACGUCUCCCGCGUCCACCAAGGUGCAAAUAACGCAUCAGGUGCAAGAAGCAAAACCGAUGAGGAGAUUCCAAAAGCGAAAAUCUGACGAGCCAACAGCAAACAAGUUCCAUGACCUUGCUGGUAAAGUGAUAGAGGUCUGCAUCCAAGAUUGCGAUGUGCUUGAAAUCCCGCCGCAUGCCGAGGGGAAGGAAAGUUUCGUGACAGCUGAGCACCUCAUGGUGUUGGCCUGCUCGCUGCUGCUCUCCAGGGACUCUUCUUUCCGUGAGUCUUUCCGGGCCAUCGGCGGGCUUGAGAAAGGCUGCGAGCUGCUACAGGGAUCACUCAAGCAUACUGCCAUGAAGAGACAGUCGUGGUGGGCUGACUCCCUCCAGCUCUAUCGUAUCGGAAGAGACCUGUCGCUGGUGGAGGCGAUGACGUUCAUGAGCGAGGCGAACCAACGAGGUGUGCUGGAACAAAGUUCGAGCGUCGUUGCCGGGCUGAUCGGGUUGGUGUCGACAAUCACUGAGGAGAUCAGGGCGAGGGCUGAGCGAGACGAGAUGAGCUCCAAGGUCGAGAAGUGUCGGCUCUCAGCCCUCAAGAUCCUCGUCAACUUGACGAACCACAACGAGACCGGCUGGCGGCAGUUCGGCGCUUCGGGGGGCGUAGAGAAGAUCUUCCAUGUGCUCGAGGCCUGUAGCUCGACGAGCUCUGCUGACAGCUACGAUGCGCUGACCCUGAGCCUGGGGCUGAUCAUCAACUGCGUUGAGUUGAGUGCUGAGAACAGAGAGCAGCUGCUUGUGGUCGAGGCCAGAGGCGGAAAGAAGUCGCUGGAGCUGCUGACGGAGAUGUUUCGCUCCAAAGUGAUCCUAGUGAAUGGAGGGAUCAAGUUCGACAAGAUGAAGAUCGAGGAUCUCGUCCUGGCGGCCUACACCUCUGUCCUCAUAGGCUGCAGUAUCCAAGAGAGCCCAGCAGGACUGGAGGUGGUGAAGGAGGGGCUGGGGGAGUGGACGCUGCUGUCUCUGAUUCAGGUGCUUGACUACUUCAUCGUAUGCCAUCAGGAGGCGGACAAAGGUCAGACGGCCACAGAGGAGUUCAUCAAUUCUCUCCAGAGCGUCGUCAAGGUCCUCGCCAAGCUCGCGCGGCCCUGA